AUGGAAAAAGAAAUGUUCGGACUUCACUAGUAGUAAAGAUUCUUUUUGGAAGAGUAUAGUAGCAAUUUAGGAAUGGAAUUAAAGGAGAUGAACCAUAGAAGAGGUCAAUCAUUAAAUAGCGAAAUAGAUCUUUCGAAAGUUCACAAUACCAGCGUUUAAAAAGAUAUUACCUAUAGUAGCAACAACAUUGCGAAAUUAUUACCAGAAUAUUAUAAAAGUAAUAGUAACAAUAUUAGAAAUGAUAAUGAAUAACUUAUGUAAAAUAACUUGGAGAAUACUAAUAUUUAAAUUACUGUCAAUGAAAGGGCAUUUACAGCUUAGUCUUUCCAAAAUAUUAAAACUGAAAACAUAAAUAAUUAGGAAGAUAAUAAAAAAUAUGAUUAGAUAUAAAAAAAGGCUUCGAAUUAACAAUCCUAAAUAUAAAAAGGAAAGGCAGCAAAUGAUGAUCUUAGAAAAUAAUAAACUAAAUCUAGGAAACAAGCCUAAAAUAUAUUAAAUAUAACAAACCAAAAGUUUUAAAAUAUGAGUUUGAUCUCUAAAGUAAUGAAAAAAAUUACUUACUUCUACUAAAUGUAUACUUCGAAAGGACGACUGAAGUUUUUAGAGAACUCAAAAGUUAGAGAUAUAAUUAACGAUAGCAGUGAGUCAAAUUAAGUAAAUUCCUCUCUUUUCUUUUAAAUAUUUGAUAUAGCAAACAAACUUUUAAGUCUCUACGAAGAACUUUCAAACAAAUACAUUCCACUAAUAGAUGCUUAUGGAAAUGUUAACUUGUUCUUGCUAACAUUUUACUUACUAUACAAUUUCUCAUUCUUCUAUUUACUUUCUUUGGUAUUAGUUUUUGAUAUGCCCUCAGAUUUUUUUGAGUAUAUUUACUUUCUGACUGGAACUCUUUGGAUAAUUUAAUCGCUUCUCUAGAUCAAUACAAAAAUCUACAAACCAUUUGAGCCUGAAUACAAAAGGAAAUAAAUUUUUAUUAAUUACAUAAAAAAAAGAUCAUUUUUUGAUCUUUUACCAAUUGUAAUUGUAUUUUAUCUUCAAUUUGAGCUGGAUGCAAAUCUAUUUUUGAAGUGUUUACUAUUUAUUAAAUUAAAAAACAUAGUCACUAACGUUUAUGAAAUACAAAAGCAACUAUGCAUGAUGUUUAAAAAUUAUUUCUUCAUCAAAUUGGUUAAUUUGAUCUUGUAACUCUUCUUAAUAGCUCAUAUUCUAUCUGUUUCAUGGUACUUGUUAGGUUUAUUUGAAGUUAAAUAUAUGAAUGAACCAAAAACAUGGUAUGACGAUGGAAUUUCUAGUGAUUUAGUAUGGUGGAAAGUGUAUUUAUCUUCAAUUUAUUGGUGUUUAACUUUGAUGACUACAGGUUCAAACAUAGCCACUACAGUAUCACAAACAAUGUUUACUUGCAUAUCAAUGAUAUUUACAGCUAUAGUGUAUGGUUACUUAAUUAAUGUUAUAGGAAUCAUACUUUCAGAACUUGAUAAGGUGAAUGAGACUAAAAAUAGAGAUAUCAAUAUUGUUAAUGAAUAUAUGAGAACAAAGAACAUUUCAAGGACUUUAAGAACAAAAGUAAAUAUGGAUAUCGAAUAUUACUACACAAAUAACAAAUCUGAUGAAACAGAAGAUGAAGCUGAAGUUUUAAAUAAGCUACCUUAAGAACUAGUUGAUGAACUACAGAUGGAGUAUAGCUAACAAAUUAUUUCUAAAAUAAAUUUUAUUGCAGAAAAUUUCAGCAAGUAAUUAUAGGAUGACCUUGGAUACGUAUUUCAAGAAGAAUCUUAUUUCCCAAGCUAAACAAUUUACUCAGAAAAAGAUACUAUGAAUUUAUCUAUUUUUUACAUUUUAUAAGGAGAAGUUACUUUACAAUAAAAAAUUGCUGAUGACCCAAGUACUUUAAAAACUUAUAAGAAUCUCAAGAAGGGAUAGAUAUUUGGUGAGAUUUCUUUCAUCACAGAUUAGGCUAGGGAAAGCACAGCUAUCGCUUCAAAAUAUACAAGAGUAGUUAAAAUCUUAAGAAAUGACUUUCUACGUAUCAUAUAAAAUGAUACUAAAGAUUUUGAAAUUUUUAAGUAAUUGAAAGAUAGUAUUAUGCUUUAUGAAUCUUUUAAAGAAAUAGAUGUGAAUUGUAAUAUAUGUGGUAGCUUCUAUCAUCAAGAAAUUAAUUGUAAUCUAGUUCAUCUUUCUAAAUAAAAUAUGUACUUUUCAAGUAUGUUUAAUCAAAGAUAGGUUCAAAGUCGCUAAAAGCAAACAAGGAAUAAAGCAAAAUUUAAUUCAAUUUUAAAGUCUCAUUUAGUUAGAGAAGGAGUAAAUAAUUUUGUGGAGACAUAUUAGGAAAAUAGCGUCAAUAGUGAAUAAAGUAAUUAAGAAGAUGAUUAUGAGGAAGAAAAAUAGAAUUAAGCUUUACUUAAAUAAUAAUCUACUCGCCAAUCAUAAGAUAUUACAAGCGUCAAAAAGUAAAUUUUAAUAGAAAACUUGUAAAGAAGACCCUCACAAUUGAAUAAAAUGAUGUAGUCUCCUUAAAGUAGCUAAUUGAUGAAUAAUCAAGAAUAAUCACCCUAAAAUUCUAACCUCAGCAUCGGUGAGAAGGUUGGUCAUAGUAAUUUCACUAAACAAAGUUCAAUAUUUGAAAAAUAAUAGAGUGAAAAUAGAUUACAAUCUGAAUAAGAAAGGAAAAAUUCAAAUCAAAGUAUUUAAUACUCUGUCUAAAACUUAUAAAUAGAAUAACCUCAGAUAAUUUAGCAUAAAGGAAUUAGUCCUUGGCUUUUUGAGCAGAUCAAAGAAUAUGAUUAUUAUUUUCCCAAGGGUAAUUCAAAGUAUUUUUUCGCCAAAGCAAACAGGUUCAUAAGAAAAUAGAUAGCAAAAUUAAAUAAGUAAAAAAAAAAUAAGUGA